GAGCUGGCUCACGCUCGGCUCCGAAAUGCCCGGACGCCGAAUCGCUGCCAGAUCCGAGGAUUCCUUCGAGCUCUGCCGUGCUCCGAGUGCCAGUGCUCUCAGUCAGGUGGAUUCCAUCGACUCAUCGUUAGCGAUCGAGAGCCAGACGGCGCUUCACGAGAGCGGCGCGAGCUGCCAUGCGCCGGAGGUGCAGCUGUUUUCGCCAACGGACUCCUCUCCAUUCUUUGAGACCGCAUGCUGUCCAGCAGGGAAGGAGUUCUGUGGCGGCUGCGCCAAGAUGAAUGCCGGGAAGUCUGCUUGCGAGGUUUGCAGCGGUGGCUUCACCAAGACCGGUUCUGGCAAGUGCGUGGCUUGUGUGGAUCUCCCUGGCUGGGUGAACAAGGCGGGCGACAACUGCCUCGCGGCCCACUGCUCCGCCGAGAAGUUCCAAGGCUUUUCUUCGAAUUCUGCCUGCUGCAAAUGCGGAGGAGGGCAGCAGGCGGCGACAAAGUUCGCUUACUUCGUGGGCCCCAUCGCGCUCGGUGCGACGCAGGUGGUUGGUCACCCGGUCCCCCGAACCGCCAGCAAGUAUUCAGUGGACAAAGAUUGCGAGCUGGCGAAAUUCGGUCUUUCGAUCCAUCCGCAGACGGGCGCACUGGAGCUGGCUCCUGGCUGUAGCAAGGUCGGCUGCGGCAGUGACAAAUCCAUCGAAGUCAAGUGCACGAUCACUGCGGAACAGGAAGGCGGGCUGACUGCACAAGCUACGCUCGAGGUAUUGGCAGGAGAUGUAGGCUACGGCUCCGAGCCUGUGGUGCUCUACAGUGGCGACAGCACCAGUGUCGUGCCGGCGCUAAAUCCCGAGUACGCCGCCGGAUCGGGUCAGUUUGGAGCCCUGGCCUGCGUCCCGGGAGACGCCAGCAACUGGCUGGAGCUGGAUGCCGGUACCGGGAAGCUGUCGCUGAAAGCGGGGAAGCAGAGUGCAGGGGGGCUCACCGGCGGCAAGGGCGAAACGAUGGGCCAAGGCUCUAUAUGCUCGGUUGAGAAGGGUGGCGCGAAAGGCAGCGUCGUCGUUCUGUCGCCCUCGCGCUGGACCGGGAUGGGCUACAGCUACAGCCCGAGCUCCGACGUGCUCUAUGCCACCGUCGGGGAGAAGUCGCCCAUCCUCCAGCCGAACCCGGAGGGGGAUGGCCUUCCUCCCACGCGCUUCUCUGCCAGCUGCGCUGGGCCGGCUUUUGCCUUUGAUGUCCUCAGCGGUGUGGCUACCUGGGAUGGCCACCAGAUUUUCACCCUGGACGCCGAAGGCGGCCUUCAGCUGAGCCCGGAGGAGUCUUUGACCCAGAGCCUCGACAGCUCCCAGGAUGGCCCUGUGCGGCGGACUGUGGGCCCACUGCAGUGCACCAUCUUCGGGCACUAUGAGUGGUCCUCGGCGCGCCAGGGCGGCAUUGUCAGCCACCGCUUGACGAUGGAGUUCCGGGAUCACACGUGCUGGGCCAAGACGCAGCAGAGUUUCGGAAGCCGCAUCGACAAGGGCCACGCGUCGGAGAGUGCUUGCCGGAGCAAAUGCCGCGGCGAACUGUACUGCACACACUGGGCCGUGGAUGGUGGCAAGUGCUUCUUUUACAGCGGGCUCUGCAAGAGCAGCGACGUGGAUGAUUUUGCUUGCACCCUCAAGCAUGUCUGGGUCACUGCACGCUACCCGGGCUGUGGUGAGCGCCACAGCUGCGUCGACCUGAAGUUCCCGGGGCACCACUACGUCUCCGGCAAGUACUGCCCCGGCGGUGAGAACGCGGCCAGUGCUGCCCAGGGCCCCGUCUACUUCAAGAGGGGCCUGACCACAGAGGAUAGUUUCUGGCUCAUGCGCCACGAGAGCUCGAGAACCGGCUGCUCCAGCGGCGAGUGGGCGAUCGUGAAGCCGAAGCCCGAACAGGAUUUCGAGAAUGAUACCAUGGCGUACGUGGAGCUCCAUGGGGACACCGUGGCCUGCGUCAAGGGCUCCUCGGCGGACUUGCCUUCAGACAUCUUUGGGCAACCGGAAGUCUCUCUGACGGUCACACGCCUCGGCGUCUCCGGGGCAAAGGCCACGGUGGCCCCGCCUGGCUGUGUCACGCCAAACGUCACCGUGGUUGAUGGAAUCGAGGAAGACGAAGGAUCUGUCGAAGCUCUGGUGCUGGAUGACCCCGCCACUGACGUGGCGGACGACCACUGGCUGCAUCCAUGCUCCUGUGCUCCCGCUGGUUGGGGCUCCUUGCCGCCCGUUUCGGGUGAAACCGUGACAGAUAUACCCGCCGGCAGCAACAACGAGUUCAUGUCCGGAGCAGCAGUCAUUGUGGACGGCCAGUUUGCGUGUGAGCAGGAGUACCUUUUGGAGGUGAUCGUGGAGACAGAGAGCGAUGGCCUGGAUCCAGGCAACUGCCGAACGCGAUGCCUGGCGCAAGAAUGUCCCUUCUUCUGGGAAGGCGAAGUCAUGUCGACAAAGCAGUGCCGCAUCUACAGCCAAUGCACGGAGCUGGUCCGUGAGGUUGGUGCGAUCGGCAUCCUCUACGGCAUGACCUACCGGAAAGCCUGCAAAGUGGCGGAUCCUGCGCUGUGUUGGAAGGCGACAAAGCGUCGCUCUUUCUUGGGUGCCGGCGACGACUCCUACGCCUGCCUUUACCAGGACUUGGUUGAGCAGUGUGACCACAAGCUCAUGCUGGGUGGUCUGGGAAUCAGUGGAUGCGGUCACUGCGAGUAUGCGCCCGUGAAGGGGAGGCUGCUCUAUGCCAGCAACGGCGGAUGUGCCGAUUAUGCAUUCGGUACAGAUCAGCGCAACGUGUACGUGCAUGCGUGCCAUGGCGACGACAACCAGAGGUGGUACUUCGAAGGGGAAGUGCUGAAAAAUGAAAGGGACAACACGUGCUUGGACUACCACAGUGAGAAUGUGUACAUGCAUCCAUGUCAUGGAGGUUCCAACCAGAAAUGGUACUUUGAGCACGGAUUCCUGAAGUCACGGGCCGAUGGCCGAUGCUUAGACUUCCAUCCGGGCAACAACAACAUGUAUGUGGGGAACUGCCCCUGGAGCGACACCCUCCUUUGGAACUGGAAGCACAACGUUCAUGGGGGUCAACAAGUGGCCAGCGACUACCACCACGGCACGAAGUGCUGGACCCACGACCGCAGCAGCAACAACGUCUUCGUCGGGGACUGCACCGUUGCCAUGAAGUCGCGCUUUUUCUGGGACGGAGAACGCAUCAAGUCGGAGACGGAUUCCUCUUUGUGCCUGGAUGCUUCUGGAGAUGACCGGGUCUGGAUGUAUGGUUGUCACAGUGGCAACAACCAGAAGUGGUACUUUGAUGGCCAGCUCCUGAAAUCGAGGGACGAUGGGCGCUGCAUCGACUUCCCGUUCCGCGUCCCCACCGACGACAAUCUCUUCCGCGGCAACUGUCCGGACAGCCCGCUGAAGAGAUGGCAUAUGGGUGGAGCCAUUCCGAAGCCGUUACCGCAGGCGAAGAUCAUGUCACAACAUGAUUAUACUUGCCUGGACCGUGCCUUCGCCUCCGGCGACGGCAACAACAUAAAGAUGCACCCCUGCCACGACGGGAGCAAUCAGUUUUUCUACUUCGAUGGCGAGCAUCUGAAGGACGGCCGCGAUGGCCUGUGCCUAGACGAGCCUUCGUCCGGAUCUCUGUACAUGCACUCCUGCCACGGUGGGGACAACCAGAAAUGGUACCUCGAUAACGGCCGGCUGAAGAACCGAAAGUGGGGCGAUGCGAAGUGCAUGGACUACGCUUACAACAACGCAGACAAGGACGUCUACAUGCACGAGUGCCACAGCGGGUCUAACCAAUUCUUCAACUUUGAAGUCCCCCGGGAGCUGAAGAUCCGAAGUGACGGUAGUCUGUGUCUUGAUUGGAAUGGCAACAGCGACAACGUCCUCAUGCACCCAUGCCACGGAGGUAACAACCAGCUCUGGUACUUUCACGGCCCGUCGCUAAGAUCACCCCAUGAUAGCUCGAAGUGCCUGGACAUGGACGAGAACGGGAACUUGUACAUGCACCCCUGCCACGGUAUGGCCAACCAGCAUUUCACCUGGGACGACAAUGGCCGGCUCAAGAUCCACUCCGACAGCGGCAAGUGCAUAGAUAUGAACAACGACAAGAACAUUUAUAUGCACGACUGCCACUCCGGCGACAACCAGCGGUUCUACUGGGGGCAGUUGUUCCACAAGGGAAAGACAAUCCGCAACGACGAGGGCGCUUGCCUGGACAUCAUCUCGAGCACGGGUAAAGCUCAAGUGUACGCCUGCCACGACGGUGCCAAUCAGCGCUUUUUCUUCGACGGGGAGCGCCUGAAAGUAGAGUCGGACACUGACCGGUGCUUAGACGUCCCCAGCAGAAACGUAUCUUCACAACUGCCACGGCGGAGCCAACCAGAAGUUCUUCUUCGAUGGCGGGCAUCUCCAAACCCGGGCUUCUGUUGCCUGCCUCGACGUCAAGAAAGACGGCAUGGUGUACUUUGGCAGCUGUCCCAAUUCCUAUUCCCUGAAGUGGCACUUCAAGACACAGCUCCACAACAGCGUGCAGCUCACAGUGGGCGGUGGCCGCUGUUUGGCCGUGGACCCGAGCGAUGGCAACGUGGAGGCCACUGGGUGUGGCGAGGAGGCGCAGCACAUGUGGUACUUCAGUGGGGACCACCUCAAGAGCGAGCUCAGCGACAAAUGCGUGGAUGCGCAUACCGUCACGGGAAAUCUUUUUAUGCAGCCCUGCCACAACGGCCUCCAGCAGCAGUUCUACAUGGAUGGUGGCCAUAUACGCAACCGCCACCGGAGCCGCUGCCUGGAAUACAACGUCCACACCGGCAAUGUCUUCACCGGCACAUGCCCAGAUCAGCAGAACAACCGCGAAUGGAAGUUUGA